GGCCCGAGCGCCGAGCCCCUUGCUCCCCCGGCUACGGUGGGACCGGGCACCUGUGCAGCCUCCGCCGCUCCCGGCUGUAGAGGCCCCACGGAGCAUGUCCAAGGAGAGCGACAUGGAGAAAGCCAUCAAGGAAACCUCCAUUUUAGAGGAAUACAAUAUCAAUUGGACUCAGAAGCUGGGAGCUGGAAUUAGUGGUCCAGUUAGAGUCUGUGUAAAGAAAUCUACUCAAGAACGGUUUGCACUGAAAAUUCUUUUUGAUCGUCCAAAAGCUAGAAAUGAGGUACGUCUGCACAUGAUGUGUGCCACACACCCAAAUAUAGUUCAAAUUAUUGAAGUGUUUGCUAACAGUGUACAGUUUCCUCAUGAGUCCAGCCCCAGGGCUCGACUCUUAAUUGUAAUGGAGAUGAUGGAAGGGGGAGAGCUAUUUCACAGAAUCAGCCAGCACCGGCACUUUACAGAGAAGCAAGCCAGCCAAGUAACAAAGCAGAUAGCUUUGGCUCUACAGCACUGUCACUUGUUAAACAUCGCUCACAGAGACCUCAAGCCUGAAAAUCUGCUCUUCAAGGAUAACUCUUUGGAUGCCCCAGUGAAGUUGUGUGACUUUGGAUUUGCCAAAAUUGACCAAGGUGACUUGAUGACACCCCAGUUCACCCCUUAUUAUGUUGCACCUCAGGUAUUGGAGGCACAGAGAAGGCAUCAGAAGGAGAAAUCUGGCAUCAUACCUACCUCGCCAACACCCUACACUUACAACAAGAGCUGUGACUUGUGGUCCCUAGGGGUGAUUAUCUACGUGAUGUUGUGCGGAUACCCUCCUUUUUACUCCAAACACCACAGCCGAACUAUCCCAAAGGAUAUGCGGAGAAAGAUCAUGACAGGCAGUUUUGAGUUCCCAGAAGAAGAGUGGAGCCAGAUUUCAGAGAUGGCCAAAGAUGUUGUGAGGAAGCUCUUGAAGGUCAAACCAGAGGAAAGACUCACCAUCGAGGGAGUAUUGGACCACCCGUGGCUCAACUCGACUGAGGCCUUGGAUAAUGUGCUACCCUCUGCUCAACUGAUGAUGGAUAAGGCGGUGGUUGCAGGAAUCCAGCAGGCUCACGCGGAACAGUUGGCCAACAUGAGAAUCCAGGAUCUGAAAGUCAGCCUCAAACCCCUGCACUCUGUGAACAACCCCAUUCUGAGGAAGAGGAAAUUACUCGGCACCAAGCCAAAGGACGGUGUUUAUAUCCAUGACCGUGAGAAUGGAGCCGAGGAUUCAAAUGUUGCCUUGGAAAAGCUCCGAGAUGUGAUUGCUCAAUGUAUUCUCCCCCAGGCUGGUAAAGGAGAGAAUGAAGAUGAAAAGUUGAAUGAAGUAAUGCAGGAGGCUUGGAAGUAUAACCGGGAAUGCAAACUCCUAAGAGAUACUCUGCAAAGCUUCAGCUGGAAUGGUCGUGGAUUCACAGAUAAAGUAGAUCGACUAAAACUGGCAGAAAUUGUGAAGCAAGUGAUAGAAGAGCAAACCAUGUCCCAUGAAUCCCAAUAAUGACAGCUUCAGACUUCGUUUUUUUAACAAUUUGAAAAAUUAUUCUUUAAUGUAUAAAGUAAUUUUUAUGUAAAUUAAUAAAUCAUAAUUUCAUUUCCACAUUACUUAAAGAUGCUGUAUAGAUUUAGAUACAGGACUUAUUCAUAGUAUAGUUCAUUUGUUUGUUUUUAAGAAAAGCUCAGUUCCUAGAGAUAUACUAUUACUCUAGGACUGUUUUCUCAUAUGUUUGUAAGAUGACAGAUGGUAUCGUCAAACAAGAUUGUUUUAUUUGUAAUAAAGUGUACAAAAACCAUUUGCCAGUGGUAGACAAAGGACCGACUAUACUGACCUGUUUAGUAAACAGGUGAAUCAA